AUGGAAGUCCCAGCAGUAGAUCUGGUUACCCAUGUUGAAGAAUGUCCAUCAAUUGAUCUUAUAGAUAAUAAUUCGGAAGAUAGAUAUGAUGUAUGGAAAUUUUCGUUAAUUGGUAGAUUGGAUUUUUUUAGAAUUAAAUUUGUGGAUGUUGUUAUAAGUUUGAAGAAUCAAUGGAAAUUAACCUGUUCAUGCAAAAUGAUUCCUUUGGGAAAGGGGUUUUUCACAAUCAAAUUGGAGAAUAUGGAAGAUAAGAACUCAAUUAAAGCUGGCAAAUGGGAAGUUGCAGAUCGUGUUUUAAGGGUUCGGAAUUGGAUGCCUAAUUUCAGACCAGAAAAUCAAAGUACAUCAUCAACUAUGGUAUGGGUUCAUUAUCCUGGUCUUAGUUUUGAAUAUUGGGAUGAAAAAACCCUUUUCACCAUUAGUAGAGCAAUUGGCACACCAGUAAAGGUUGAUGAAGUUACUCUGAAUUAUGAAAAUGGUUUAUAUGCAAGAGUGUUGGUAGAUAUUGAUUUAGCACAAAAAAUUCCUAAUAAACUAUGGAUUAAAAACAAAUAUGGAGGAUUUAUGCAAAAUGUUUUGCUAACUAAGCUACCCAAAUUUUGUCCAAAUUGCAAGAUUAUUGGCCAUACUCAGCCAGAAUAA